CAGGUCCCUCCCUUCCUGUUGAUGCGCCAAUCUGUGCGCCUCUGUGGAGAGAUCCUGGCAACGACCCCCUCCCAGGCUCAUCCCGAACUAGCACACAACAACACGACUUCCGACUGAUCCGGACUACUCCUCUGGAGCGAGGAACAUGGCACACGGGCCGAGCAGGGGAACUGAGCUAACGAGCGCCAUGGACGCGUAGUCGUGGACACCCAAAGAACAAAUACUAAGUUUAAAAUACAGUUCUAUUGAAAAUCACAACCUGCCUUAUGCUUUCUCUUUUCUAACUGGACAAUGUCUCCCACCGCCACCAAUGCUUCUGGUGUGUAUCCAGAAGACACUCCAGGACUUGUGUGUUUGCCUCCUAUUUCUGAUGAUCUUCAGUUAAUUUGGACUCAAGCAGAGCUGACCAGUGAGUUGGAUGAUCAUCCACAACUUAUCCACACUUUUAGUUAUUUUCCUUACCCUACAAUGCCAGAAAUUGCGUUGCUUUGCUUACGAUAUGGACUACAAAUGGAGAAAGUAAAAGCCUGGUUUAUGGUACAACGUAUACGCUGUGGUAUCAGUUGGUCCUCAGAAGAAAUUGAAGAGACACGUUCACGUUUGCUCUACAAUCAGGAUCAGCUACAUUUCAAGCCUCUGAUUGCAGUAGCCAAGAAAUCUAAUGUUUUAAGGAGUAUAGAAAAACCUUCAGUUUCUUCACCAAAGUGUGAUGCAGAGCAAGUGAAACUUCCACACUCACCUUGUUCAUCCUCAGAUGAGGUGGCCCCACAUGCUAAGAAAUUAAAAUUAAAUGACAGAACACCGGAGACACGCAAACUAAUGACUACUGAUCACCCUUAUGAGCGAAAAAGAGAAAGCUCAAGCUAUGACUCAACAGGCACUUACAGAGACUGCAUAACAGCUACAGACAUGUCUCCUGAGCUAAAACAGGUACCUAGAAACAAAGUCAAGCAUCCUGCAACAAGUCAAGUGUUUGAAGCAGAGGAAACUAAAAAAAAAACUUUUGGCUCUUCUCCCACCACAGAUGAAGAAGGCCAUAAAAUGUCUUCCUCCUGGAGUAUUGAUGAUUGCAAAGACAUACAAGCUCAUGGGUCCGGUGAGAUUAUUGGUGGAACUCUCAGAGAAGACUAUUAUACACGAGCAAUACGACGACAGCGAAAAACCAAAGAACAGUUGACAAUACUAAAAUCCUUUUUUUUGCAGUGCCAGUGGGCUCGCCGUGAAGACUACAAACAACUGGAGGAAAUAACUGGAUUGCCAAGGUCUGACAUCAUCCAGUGGUUUGGAGAUACACGCUACGCACUUAAACAUGGACAGCUACGGUGGUUCCGUGAUAGUGCCCUUGAACGCCCCAAAUGGUUGGAUGAACCACAGCAUUUUGUGAAUCAAAAUGAAAGACCUAGUGAACAUGCCUCUGGAGAACAUAAAACAGUUGUAACUUUGGCUCCUGAUUUAGGAACCCCACAAUCAGAAAACAAGUCUGCAGUUAAAAUGUUGGUAAAGUCACCAGGACACUCUAUUGGUGGCACACCAGUAAUAAAACUAAUGGAACCAAUGAGUCAGUGCUCAGGAAAAACUAUGCAAAAUGUUCCAAAAAUACAAGCUAAUACAUAUGCAACUUCUUCAGGGACACCAAAAUCUGCACAUGAAUUAAAAUCCAUUUCUCCAAUAGUAACCUCUUCACAAUCAGAGCCUUCUUAUCAGGACCAUAUUCCUUCUGCUUCCCCCAAAAAAUAUGAUGUACUGGACAAAUACUGGUGUACUCAUCAGCACAUAUCGGAGGUAGACUUACAUUCACUUAUACGUAAAUCUGGUUUGAGCCGGAAAGAGGUACUAGAUUGGUUUUGUGAAAAAUCUAAAGAACCUGCAGAAGUGGAGGUAUGUCUGGAUGAAGAGGAAGAUACUCUGGUAGAUGAGGAAAAUGAUGAAAUUGUUAUCAUUCAGGACUAGUGCAAUGAAUACCACAUAUUUUUCUUAGGAAUGGCUUAUUUUGAAUAAAAAAGAGAAUUAUCAUCUUCCUAUAAUAUAAAUUACACAUUUUUGUAUUUAUUUACGUAUACUUUUGUUUCAGCAUACAAAGGACUGCCUCUCAUAAAAUGGUCUCCAUUUGUAAAAUCUUAACUAUUCCCCAGGACAUAAACAUUGAUGUCCCAUCAUUAGGAUAUGCCAUCAGGGUUUGAUCGUAUUGGCACAAUAAAGGGACUGCAGUUCUUCUGCCAGCACUUUUUUCUAUUCAUUUGUUUACACAUGCACAAUGCAAUGCUUACAAGUGUGGCCUGGUAAUAUGUAUAAAACGAGCUCCAAUAGUAUGCACAGAUAAAAUAGAGCUUUUGUAUCUUGGUGUGAGGUUUCUCAGUGUGAUCAGCAGCGAUGCCUGAUAUGGUACAGACACUGAUCCAACAUUGAUGGCUUAUUCUGUGGGUAGGCUAUCAGUAUUUAUGUUUUGGAGAAGCCCUUAAGCCUGAUUUUACACACAUUUGUUUUUGUAGUAUUUUUUAUUGCUGUAAAAAAAAUCAUGGGAAAUCUGUUGACAAAUCCCUUUUAACUCUACGGGGAAUCAAACUGAUGCUAUAUUUUUUUGGUGUGUUUUUUUUUUUUUUCCCAACAUAAGAGUUGUAUUUUAGUUCAUUUGGACAUAACAUUUGUAUUUAAUUAUUUGUAUUUAUUUCUGGGCUUUGCUAUAAAAAAGAGCAUUGUGUGAAGACAGCCUAAGGAAUUUCAGAAGCGGGUGUUCCACUGUGGAAAUUGCAAAUCUCAGAAUUUGUUCAUUCUUUUGGAAGAAACCUCUCUUAAAUGCAUUGCUAUCUAUGAAGACGACACAUUUUAAAGCUGGCUUGUUUUUGAUGCUGCAUGCUGCCCAGAUUUCUCCAGGCUGAGAUCCCAUAGUGUAAAUGGGCCCUAUGGGUAAUUACACACACAAACACACACACAGAUUUAUACGUUUCUGUGACUGAAAAUCUAGUCUAUAAAUAUUAGUUUGUUUAGUUCAGAUUGAUGGGACUUUCAUAGACAUUGCAGAAUUAAAGGGGUUAUCCAGGAACAGAAAAACUGCUAAUUUCUUCCCAAACAGCACCACACCUGUCCCCAGGUUGUGUUUGGUAUUGCAACUGGACACCAUUUUCUUUAAGUGAACUGUGAUGACAUAACACCCACAACCUGGGGACAGGUGUAGUCCUGUUUUUUUUGGAAAUAAAUAAUAAUAA